CCGCCCCCCGCCUCACUCCCCGGCAGCCCGCAGCGAGACGCGCCGCUCCCCAGCACUUUUUUGGGCCCGAGAUAUGGCAAUGGUAGUUAGCAGCUGGCGAGAUCCGCAGGAAGACGUGGCCGGGGGCACUCCGAGCGGCCCCAACCCCGCCGCGACGCAGCCGGGCCGGGAGCAGCAGCCCCAGCAGCAAGGGAGCUCGGCCACCCCACACACCCCGCAGACCCCCAGCCAGCCGGGACCCCCCUCCACGCCGGGCACGGCCGGAGACAAGGGAGCGGGCCAGCAGGGCUCGGGGCAGAGCCAGCAGCACAUCGAGUGCGUGGUGUGCGGGGACAAGUCCAGCGGCAAGCACUACGGCCAGUUCACCUGCGAGGGCUGCAAAAGUUUCUUCAAGAGGAGCGUCCGCAGGAACUUAACUUACACAUGCCGCGCCAACAGGAACUGUCCCAUCGACCAGCACCACCGCAACCAGUGCCAGUACUGCCGCCUCAAGAAGUGCCUCAAAGUGGGCAUGAGGCGGGAAGCGGUUCAGCGAGGAAGAAUGCCGCCCACCCAGCCCAACCCCGGCCAGUACGCGCUGACCAACGGCGACCCCCUGAACGGGCACUGCUAUCUCUCGGGAUACAUCUCCCUCCUGCUGCGGGCCGAGCCCUACCCCACCUCCCGCUACGGCAGCCAGUGCAUGCAGCCCAACAACAUCAUGGGCAUCGAGAACAUCUGCGAGCUGGCCGCCCGUCUGCUCUUCAGCGCCGUCGAGUGGGCCCGCAACAUCCCCUUCUUCCCCGACCUGCAGAUCACCGACCAGGUGGCCUUGCUGCGGCUCACCUGGAGCGAGCUCUUCGUCCUCAACGCUGCCCAGUGCUCCAUGCCCCUCCAUGUGGCCCCGCUCCUGGCCGCCGCCGGCCUCCACGCCUCCCCCAUGUCGGCCGACCGCGUUGUCGCCUUCAUGGACCACAUCCGCAUCUUCCAGGAACAGGUGGAGAAGCUGAAGGCGCUGCACGUCGAUUCGGCUGAGUACAGCUGUCUGAAAGCCAUCGUCCUCUUCACCUCAGACGCCUGCGGCCUGUCGGAUGCUGCGCACAUCGAGAGCCUGCAGGAGAAAUCGCAGUGCGCGCUGGAGGAGUACGUGCGGAGCCAGUACCCCAACCAGCCCAGCCGCUUCGGGAAGCUGCUGCUGCGGCUGCCCUCCCUGCGCACCGUGUCCUCCUCCGUCAUCGAGCAGCUCUUCUUCGUCCGCUUGGUAGGUAAAACCCCCAUCGAAACCCUCAUCAGGGAUAUGCUACUGUCGGGGAGCAGCUUCAACUGGCCUUACAUGUCCAUCCAGUGCUCCUAGAGCCCAUCCCGCAUCCCCGGCGGAGAGGCGGCGGAGCGGCGGAGAGGGGAGCGCUCGCACCGAGGGGCAGUCGGGGUGCGGGGGGGUCCCGGGAGGUGGACACUGAACAAAAGAAAGGGCGAGUGGGAGCAGACUGGGGCCGUGGAGGGGAGAAGGACGGACCUGUCGUCCGUGGAGGUUGUGAUGUUCC